UAGAUUCACAAAUGCAUUUUUUCUAAAAGAUAUCCUCUGCAGCCUAUCAGAUGUCUCCAAUUUUAGCCAAUCACAUAUGGACUACAACGACCUUACCCGCCAUAGUAACGGACUUGACAUCACGAACAAUGGCGUCUGGUGGUAGCCGCCCACCAAAUGUAAGUGAAAUAUAGCUUGUUAAUCUUAUUAAACCGAUUAUCAUACGUGAUUGAAUAUUCUUGAGAAUGGCAGGAUCCAUGUUUAGUCAUUUUAAGUGUUUCCUAGGCUAACGUUUAGCAAGCUAGCUAGUCAAUGUCUAACUUAACCUGGGCUUGCUAGCUAACAUUGAUGGAUACAGUACAGUACUGUACGAUUGAUGCAUUAGUUUGCGGUCAAGCCAGGUAACAUCUUACAUGGGACUUUAGUGAACAGAUAAUUAAAACGAUGUUUUCCAAAGCAGGGACUGUCAAAUCAAGUGGAGGCAGCAGCACGUGUUCUUGUGCAAGCCCUAGCUAGGAAUAUUUCCCCAAUGGCAGAGAGCCGAGCAGCAGAGAGCACAGUUGGGGCUGUAACUAUGGCCCCUACCAUACCUAAUGCCACCAAUACUGACAGUAGGGUGAGACAGGCUAUGAGAAGGUAAUACAUACACUGUAUGUGGGUAAGGAUUAAUGCUAUACAUUAUAUGGGAGACAGUACCCAACACUGCAUCAGUAUUCAAGGUUAGCUAGAUGUAUUCGAUUUGGAUAGCACUUAGUUUAUCGAACCCCCACAUGGCUUUCAGAAAUUCCUUACACACGAAUUGAGCGCCAUCAUGUUUUCGAAAAACAGUGCCUGAAGAGUCAUAAUUGUUGUUAAAGGGGAAAGUGUUGUUGUAAAUGCAUUUGCCAACUGCAAUUGCCAAGUCAUAGCUAAUGUAUUUUACAAUCUGACUGUGCCUGUCUGUUUAUCUAUCAGGGCAUUAUGAUCCUCAAGCAAUUAAUUAACAUAUUGAAAUAGUUCAGCAAUUAUUGCAAAUCAAUGCUGUUUUCUUCAUUCAUCUUUUUGUCACUCCCUCAUCAGGCAGUUCCCAAGUAUGUUUAAUACCGAUCAGCCAAGAGGAAAAAGACGGUUCUCAACCCCUUCCACCUGCACUGUAAAAAGUACAGCCUUUCAUUUUUUUGUCCUUUCUGAACCAACCCUGUAUACACCAAAGGGCUCUGAAGAGAUAGAAUUUGCCCAUGCUGGCCUUGGUAAAAGGAUGCUCAGUCUAGCAGACCACUUGAAGCACAGUGAGAUUGUGUCUCUUGUAGAGGAUGAAUACUCUAAACUGAAGACCCUAAAAGGAGGAUGGAUGUUUUCCAAGGGAACAGGUGGUAGUGGGCGUCGCAAGCUCACAAUUAUUCCAAUAGACUCUGAAGGCUACUCCACACGUGUGUUAAAAGCAGCUUCAAAAAAUGGAAAGAACACAAUCUAUAUGGUUCCAAUACAAGAGCACCUAUCUACAGAGCCAUUGCCUUAUGACUCACCUGAGUUUUCAAAGAUGCCACAGUCAACCUGCAUCACCUGUGGUAGUGAAAUGCCCUUGCAGCUCUUGCCGUUGCAUGUGGGACAAUGCAGUGGCACAAUAACUGGCAAUACACCUGGGGCUAGUCUUGAUGAAGAUUGCCAUGUCAUUGAUCAGCCAGUUGAACCUACCACAGGGACCAGAGAAGGGAUGGGAGUAUCUUUUGAGGUUUGCCCAAUUUGUCUUACACCAUACCCAUUUGAUAUCCUGUUAUCUCAUGCAAGCACGUGUGGUGAUAGAAUGGGCAUCACUCACAGCGAAUCAGCCAGCCCUACAAGGAGAGAGGAAUUGCCAGGACCCUCAGUUCAACGACUGUCCAUACAACUCUCAGCAGCACAUAUGAACAAACAAGAUCCUUGGAAAGCAUGUCAGCUGUUCCGAGAAGAACUACUGGACAGAAACUCCGAACAUCGACGUCUCUCUCUCACUCUCGACAUGUUUGAUGAACCAGAAGAACAGGACAGUUCGCUGAUUUCGUUCUAUAAAAUGAACAAUGUUAACUGGGCUGCUCCAUUCAAGUGCCAUCUGAGAGGAGAUGCAGCUGUUGGCGAAGGGGUGAACCGACAUGUUUUGUCAUUGGUCAUGCAAAAACUGAAAACUGGUUUCAGUAUAAAUCUAGGCUCUGCUGGUCUCACAACCCUUUUUGAAGGCGAAAAAGAACAUCGGGUUCCCUCCGCAGCUGCUGUGCUUAGGGCAAGUAACCUGUUUGAGAUGGCAGGCCGGAUGAUUGGCCACUCUGUCCUGCAUGGGGGUCCUGGUUUCUCAGGACUCAGUUCUCCUGUGGUUAAACUUUUGACUGGUAGACACAGGGACACUGCAGCAUCCGCUCUGACCCUGCAGGACUGUCCUGAUCUAGAUCACCGCGAAACAAUUGCUCUUCUCACAAAAGCAAAAAUGACUGCAGCAGAAACCACCAGUGUGACUGAUCUUUGCCUGUCCUGGGAUCUCCCGGUUCCUUCACCUACCAAUCAUGACUGGCUGUUUCAAGAACUGCUCACACAAGCAGUACUUGAUCGUGUUGCGCAACCCAUUAAACAGAUCCGGAAAGGCCUGAAAGACACAGGAAUCUGGCCGCUUCUGUCAGAUAGACCAGAUGUUCACCCCAUCAUUUUCCCACGGGAGGCAGAUGAGGAGCUUGAUGCGCAAACUGUGAUCAAGAACAUUUGCUGGCCAAAACCGACAUCUGACAGCGACCAGGAUGAGGAAGACUGUGUCCCAUUUGAGACAGUUACUCUUAUAACUGAGUUUUUACGAAAAUUCAUUGUGGAAGCAUCACCAGAGGUGUUACGUGACCUUGUGAAGUUCUGGGUCGGGUGGGAACAGCUGACUACCAACCUCAUCGUGGAGGUUGUGACCUCUACCUAUCCAGUAGCACACACCUGUUUCUCCAAAUUGAAGCUUCCCAGCCACUACCGGACCUACAUCAAGUUCCACGAUGACUUAUCGAUGUGUAUCCGAUGCACCAAUAGUGGUUUUGGGCUAGUGUAGGUUUUCACAUCUUUUAUGGACAUCUUUUAUGGAUGCCAAAAUAAGGUCAGCAUGAGUGAAAUAAGUAUGUUAAGAAUGUUAGAUGUUUACACAAAACUAAUAAUGCAGAAGUUAUAUCCUUAUCGUUCACUGAGUAGCAUAACUUCAGUCUUUCACAUUGUGUUGUCAAAUAAUUGUCUUAUGCUAAUAAAGAAAGAGUUCCCGGUGA